ACGCGUUUGUGUACACGUGUACACAGAACCACAGGACCAAUCAGAUUCUUCCUCGUGUACAACUAUUCAACCAAUUGGACUGCUAUUCGUUGCAUAAGGAAGAUCGUUUCCCAUCGUCAUUGUAUGACGUUUACGCUGGUAGACGAACCAUGUGGGAUACCAUCGGCGAAAAAUCAAAGUUGACGGUCUGUUUUGUGGGCAUCUUCGUUUCCUACUUGCUUUACGGCGUCGUACAAGAGAAAGUAACACGUGGCAAGUAUGGAGAGGGAGAAAAUGCUGAACGGUUUACAUUUACACUCGCACUUGUGUGUAUUCAAUGUAUUAUCAAUGCAGUAUUUGCAAAACUAGUGACGUCAGUGAUCGGUGCUGGUAAAACCACCACUCCUUGGUCUUUAUUUACUCAGUGCUCUGUUUCGUAUAUGGGAGCCAUGCUGGCAAGCAACUGGAGCCUCAAAUAUGUCACGUAUCCAACACAGGUACUUGGAAAGUCGUGCAAACCAAUACCUGUGAUGCUACUGGCUGUGAUUUUGGGUAAGAAAAGAUAUCCAUGGACAAAGUACAUUGUCGUUCUCCUGAUUGUCAGUGGAGUGGCUCUGUUUCUCUACAAAGAUAGUCACCAUCGUCCUCAUGGAAGUACUUCCAACUUGUUUGGCAUCGGAGAGAUGUUGCUGUUCUUAUCACUGUUUCUUGAUGGCAUCACUGGAGUGAUACAGGACAAAAUGAAAACACAGAAAACUCAUCCUCUUCAUAUCAUGCUUUAUCUUAAUAUUUGGUCCAUAUUUCUUUUGGGAAUCGGUUUACUGCUUACUGGUGAAGGAAUCCAAGCAGUUUACUUUAUCAUUCGGCAUCCUGAAGUUAUGAUUCAUUUAGUUCUCUUUGGUUUGACAAGUGCAAUAGGACAGGUAUUCAUAUUCGUGACAAUCACAACAUUUAGUCCUCUAACGUGUUCCAUCAUCACAACAACUCGAAAAUUCUUCACCAUCCUCGUAUCAGUUGUCAUGUUUGCCAAUCCUCUUCUGUCUCAUCAAUGGCUCGGCGUCUUUCUCGUCUUCUUAGGCCUCGGACUUGAGAAUGUGAUAGGAAAGAAACAAACAAGUAAUAGGUGAUCGAAGAACAAAAAUACUAGCUGUAGCUACAUGUUGUAUCUGAGUAGUAUUUUUUUGAUGUUCCACAGUAGUUGCCAACAAGAUGGUAUUUCUCUCUUCACUAGACUGUUACGUGACAAGAAAGAUAUUAAAUAUAUGAUAAAUAUAGAACAAUAGAUAAA